GCUAACUACUGCUGAUUCUGGCUGAUUGCUCACUGAUUUCAUGGAGAAAGUAUCUUUGUUAUAUUGUUAUGCUUGGAGACGAUGUUUAAAACCAGCUGGAGACAGAUGAAGUUUCAGCUGCUGCUUCAGUCUGGAGGAAAUCCUGAGCCGCUCGCUGUGGACAGAACAUGUGAAUCAACCCAGUGCAGCUGCUGUGAACAUCUGGACCUGGUGUCAGCAGAACCAGGUGCGUCAGAGGCUGCCCUGCAGGGGAAGCGCUGUGUUCAGCAGGAGGAAGUGGGGACUGAGAACCGAAGGAACACCAGAACCAAGCUCACUCCAAAGAAAGCAGAGAGCUCUUCCUCAGGUUGUCGGUUUGACUCCCACAGCAGCAGGAAGGACGGCACGCUGCAGAAGAUCGGAGACUUCCUGCAGAGCUCCCCGACUCUGCUGGGCUCCACAGCCAAGAAGAUGAUGAGCCUGGUCAGCGGCCGUCUGGACCCAGACUCAGCAGCCGCCUCUUCCUCCCUCAGCCUGAGGGCCAAGAGGGGCAGAAAGAAACUCUACAGACCUGAAAUCUCCUGCCCCAUGGACAUGCCCCCCCACCCGAUGAUCAACCAGGAGACGGACGGCGAGGGCCAGAGCGACCAUGACGUCAUCAAACGGCGCCUGCGCAGCAGAGUGGCUAAGUCCUAGCGCUGCCCUCCAGAACUUUACUGUAGAAAUGAAGCUGCUGGUGACGGAUCGUUGUUCUGAGACGCAUUUAUUGGAUCGGUUCUGUGGAGGCCGACCCGUUAACACUAACCAGCAUUUAGAAGUUCAUGUUUCACUUUAUUAACCAGCAAUGGUUCAUCUCUAAUGUGCAAUCUGCUCUAACUUUACCUCCUAGAACACUUUGUGGAACGUUUAACGGUUCUGCUGCAAAGUCUCACUUUAACCUGAAUCAUUGUGUUCUGACGGGUCAUCCGGUCUCAUCAGAGUCCAGAGCCAUCAUGUCCAGGAAACCAUCUGUUCCCAGAACCAUGAUCCUGGCCAGGUUCUCCUCCUGGUUCCUCUGAGAAGAAGCCUGCAAACCAGAUGAUUAAAGUUCUCACGUUCCUCCUCCUCACUGUGGAGAACUGUGAAUUUAGACGUUUCUGUCAGAGAUGGUAGAAAGCCUCGCCUUGCUUGACCUUCGCUGAUCUAACCAAACAUGGAUGGACCAAUGCAUGUGGGUUCUAAGCAGGUACCGCUUACAGAGUUCUCCAAGGUGUGUUUUUCAUGGUUAGAGCUGCUGACAUGUGAUGAAGGCUCAGAUAAAGACCUCACCUUUGCACCUGGGUCCUUUACUCACCUGUAAUACAGUGAACCCUCGCUACAUCACGGUUCACCUUUCACGGUCUCGCUGCUGUGUUCUGCAUUCUGAUUGGCUAAACAGUCUCUCCGCUUCUUCUCUACCUGUGUGUCAAUAACGUUGCAGUUUAAUAUCUACACGUACGUAAAACAGCCAAAUUUAAGUUUGCAAAUUCUCUUGCAAUUUCAAGUUUCUCUAAAACCAACCGGAGGCUCGCUGGACGAGAUCCAUCAGUCUGCUGUAGAUCCACCAGUCUGCCGUAGAUCCAUCAAUCUGCCGUAGAUCCAUCAGUCUGCCGUAGAUCCAUCAGUCUGCCGUAGAUCCACCAGUCUGCCGUAGAUCCGUCACUCUGCCGUGGAUCCAUCAGUCUGCCGUAGAUCCACCAGUCUGCCGUAGAUCCAUCAGUCUGCCGUGGAUCCACCAGUCUGCCGUAGAUCCAUCAGUCUGCCGUAGAUCCAUCACUCUGCCGUGGAUCCACCAGUCUGCCGUAGAUCCAUCAGUCUGCCGUAGAUCCAUCAGUCUGCCGUAGAUCCAUCAGUCUGCCGUUGAUCCACCAGUCUGCCGUAGAUCCACCAGUCUGCCCUAGAUCCGUCACUCUGCCGUAGAUCCACCAGUCUGCCGUAGAUCCAUCAGUCUGCCGUAGAUCCAUCAGUCUGCCGUAGAUCCAUCAGUCUGCCGUAGAUCCAUCAGUCUGCCGUAGAUCCACCAGUCUGCCGUGGAUCCAUCAGUCUGCCGUAGAUCCAUCACUCUGCCGUAGAUCCACCAGUCUGCCCUAGAUCCGUCACUCUGCCGUAGAUCCGUCACUCUGCCGUAGAUCCAUCAGUCUGCCGUAGAUCCAUCAGUCUGCCGUAGAUCCAUCAGUCUGCCGUGGAUCCACCAGUCUGCCGUAGAUCCAUCAGUCUGCCCUAGAUCCGUCACUCUGCCGUAGAUCCACCAGUCUGCCGUAGAUCCAUCAGUCUGCCGUGGAUCCACCAGUCUGCCGUAGAUCCAUCAGUCUGCCGUAGAUCCAUCACUCUGCCGUAGAUCCAUCAGUCUGCGGUGGAUCCACCAGUCUGCGGUGGAUCCACCAGUCUGCCGUAGAUCCAUCAGUCUGCCGUAGAUCCAUCAGUCUGCCGUGGAUCCACCAGUCUGCCGUAGAUCCAUCAGUCUGCCGUAGAUCCAUCAGUCUGCGGUGGAUCCAUCAGUCUGCCGUGGAUCCACCAGUCUGCCGUAGAUCCGUCACUCUGCCGUAGAUCCGUCACUCUGCCGUAGAUCCAUCAGUCUGCCGUAGAUCCAUCAGUCUGCCCUAGAUCCGUCACUCUGCCGUAGAUCCAUCAGUCUGCCGUAGAUCCAUCAGUCUGCC